AUGAGGAAGGUGGAGAGGGUGGGACCUGCCCUGGAAAUCUUCCUGGGACCACUGAGAAAAGUCGGGCGCGAGAUCGCGCCCCAAAGCUGGUGCACAAGCCGUCGGGGUGGGGGUGGGGGGGAAGGAGGGAGAAAGGUGCGGGGUGAAGGGAGAAAUGUGUCCAGACCUGUUGAGUUCUCUGCGGCACGCCCACUUCUAGCAGAUAAGGCCGGGCGGGCGGGCGAAGUCUGGGCUGCAGCCUGCGAGCCCCGAAUCCACCCCGCCAGCCCGCAGCCCGCAGCCGCUCGCCCUGAGCCCGCGGCUCGCAUACCCUCCCCGCCCCGGGAGAAGCGGCUGUCCGGGCGGCCCCCGAGGACAGCCAAGACCCGGGCGGCUUGCGGCAACAGCCACACCAAAAAAGGACGCCCGAUUCCCGCCGGCCGGCCGGGGCGCGCGAGGCUCCACCGCGGGGCAGCGGAUGGCGGUGCGGGGAGAGGAAGCGCCGGCGCUGUCACCGCCGAGGUCCUUUCGUCACCGUCACCCUGCCCUCGCCAGCCUCCACCCCCAACCCCCGGGCUGACAAAAGUUUGCCAAGUCCCGCCGCCCGGGCAGCCGAGCCCCUGGGGGAGCGCGGGCGCCCGUCGCCCAGCCCCCGCUCACCUCGGCGCUCGCCCGCUCGCCCGCGGCUCCCACCGCAGCAAGAUAAACAAGUCGGCGUGCGGACGCGGGCGGGAGGCGCGCGUGUCACGGAGGAGGAAGUCCACAGUCGCCCCCACUCCUUCAUGGGGAAGGGGGAGCCCCCGGCGCGCGGAGAGUCGCCCGCUCCCGGCUGACAGGCCGUGCCCCGCGCCGCUCCCGUCUCCCGCGCGCGCCCCCCGUCCCGGGCGCCGCGCCGCCGGGCUGCGGCGUCUCGUUCCACCCACUUAG